AUGAAUUGUGAUAUACUGUUAACCUCUGGGCUAGACCCUGUGGCAACUGUCCUCGCCGCAUACAAAGUCUACGACUCAGUGGAUAAACGCAAGCAUUGCAUAAAUCAUCUGGAAGAUGGCGGGAUCACGCCUGAUGAGACGCGCAAGGAGCCCAUUAAAGCGAACACGAUUGAUACGGCCAGUAUCGGUCUCGCCGCGCUGGGUAUGAAGGGUGUGUAUGGGGAAUGGAAUGAAGCGAACGAGAAGCGUAAGGAGACUCAAAACUUCCAAUAUGAGUGUCUUAGUCGUGGAGCGCAACUUGAACUUAAGCGCAGUCCCAUAUACUCUUAA